AUGUCUGUGUCUGGCCAUCUUUUCACAGGUGUCGCUCUCCGCUUCCUGCCGGCAGUCAACCCGCGGGCCGCGAGUACCAACGCAGCCCUACCCAGCUCCUUCUUCUCCUUUGACACCUUCCUCAACGCCAAGGGCGAACCCCUACCUCCUGCCAAACUAGUCACUCGAUUCCGACGUCUGCUAUUUGAGGCUAGCAGUGGAAACUGA